AUGACACAGCUUAGGUGAACCAGCAAAUGUGACCCAGCCACUCUUAUCUUACUUGGGAAACACGACCUCGUCGAAGGACUUCCGGUGGCAUAUUGACAUACUUUAGAAAAGCUGCUGCAUGUCCUCGCCACCAAUUAUCACCUUCCAGCAUGGGACGCCUGUGAAGAUGACAAACUAUAUGACUAGAAGCAAAUGCCAAUCAGGACAUUACACAAGUCACAUGACAAUAUUUCAUCAAUAUAAUAUUUCCUAGGAAUUAAAAAAAUACAUGAAUUUUAUUAAAUGAAAUAUUUAAUGCACUCUCUGUUAUAAAAUGACAUGCAAUUAAUCAGGGAUCAUUUAUGUCUAAGAUCAAUUUAUUUUUUAGAAGAUUUCUGGGUGACAUGCCUGAUCAGCCGUCUAGAAGAGGGCAACAAGUUCCAGUCCGUGGUAAUUUUUUGACAGGAGAUGGCUGUCGGAAGUACUAUCACAUCAAUGAAGAGGUAAAAGGUUACAUUCUCGGAUUCAUAGGUUAUGUUCAUGCAGCGAGCGAGGGGAGCGAAUCUUUGCUUAAGAAGGACACAUGCUCUAAGGCGAGCAACUAUCAGACAUAUAUUGAGUCAUAACUGCUACGCCACAAAGCAAAAUAUUGAAAAACAUUGAGAAUUAGCGAGUUUAUGCACCUAAAGCAAAAAACAUUUGCGGUAUGAUGGAAGUAUUGCAUUUCACGACUCAAUAGAAAGUAUACCUGCAGCGCAUCCAUGGAGUUAGAACUCCCUGCCUAUAGAGCCAUGCACAUGGAAAAAAAAUUGGAUUCCUCCCAAAAUCAAGCAGUAGGCCCUGUAUGAUAACACAAUCAAAUAAAUACCAUUAUCUUAUGAGACAUAAAAGCAAGUUCAAGAAAACAACCGUGUAGGCAGCUUCAGCGAAUUGAUGCAACACAGCAGCCUCUUGAAUAAGUGCUUCUGGUGCCUCCACAGGUUCCUUACCAAAAUUUGA